AUGGAUCACAUUCUCCGUAUAGCAGAGGUCCUGUAUGGUGGUCUGUGUCGUCAGAUAGGGACACCGACAGAAGUGGCCAUCAGGAGGGACGUCAAGGACAUGGAGGAGAUGAUAAUGAAAUCUUUUUAUAAUAAAAGAGGAUGUGUUUUAAUAAAUAGUGGUAGUUAUAGAGAGGGAUUUAGAUUUAGUUCAUCUGACAUGGAUACAAUGCUCUGGUGGUGUAAAUAUAAAUUAAUAACUGACAUCUCUCAAGCUGAAGUUUACAGUUCAUCAAAACAUAAUAUCAUAUUAAUUGAAGAUUCAGACACACCACCAGGAUUUGUCAGACUACAGCUUCUGACAUCCACACGAAACGAUUUUGUGAUUUCGUGUCUUGCUUCCUUUAAUGGCGGAUAUUACAUAUCUAGUUCUUUGUGGACAGAAAGACAUUUUCAGAUCUUUUCGAAGGUCAAACGUAACCAAACACAGAAUUUCACCAAUCAUGGUCCUUGCACGAGCGGUUUCUAUGGACCUAUAGAAUUCGAUCAUGCUAUAUGUUUUUCCACUUUAUUUUGGCCAAAGACAUUCAAUGUUUGGAUUGACAGAUGUCUGAGAUAUAUUUGGCCGUCUGCACCUGUGAUGGAAAAAAUUCUAAGAAAUGGAUGUCACUGCGUGCCGAUUGGAAGUAAAAUUGUAUCGACUUCUAACGAAUUAGAAUGGAGAUUAUCGUUUUCUCAAGCCGAACAACAACUAGUGUAUAACAUGAAUCAUACACAAUUUUUAUGUUAUGGACUUCUGAAAAUAUUUUCAAAGGAAGUUAUCAAUCACAGGGAGGAACCAUUACUGUGUUCAUAUUACUUGAAGACCACGAUGUUCUGGAUGAUACAACUUGGACAUUUUAGAUGGUGCCCGAACAAUUUAUUGAAUUGCUUCUGGAAGUGUUUUAAAUAUCUUAUUCACUGUGUUUAUCGUGGAGUGUUUCCUAAUUUUUUUGUUCCACAGAACAAUAUGUUCAAAAACAAAGUAGUCGGUGAUGCACGCGAUUCUCUUUUACAACAGCUUUAUCAGUAUUACAGAAUGGGUGUGUCCUGUCUUCUGCUUAGUCCGACGCUCAGGCCAUUUCUAGAACUAGCUCUCAGUAGCCCGUUCGUUGUAUUAUCUUCUGAUGUGGGAGAAAUGAUAGAUAUUUCAACGACAGAUAUGUGUUGCAAGUUUGAACUAUCUACAAUAACAUUUCAUAUUGAACAUAUAUCGCAUUCCUAUCUCUUCUUGAAAUCAGUUGAUACGUUAUCACAGUUAUCACUCUCGCCAAUCCAAUCAUUGACAUUUCAUUAUUGUGCCGCUGACAUUCUCGUUAGAUCAGCUUUCACAAUUGCAAACAAUACUUCAUGUUUCAUACAUAAACGUGUUUACAUUUUAGAUAGAAUGGUUUGUAACAUAUUGAAACUUGCAUCAAGGUUAGGGCCUGUGUCUUGUUUACUUUAUCUUGCAUUGUAUUACUACAGAACAGGGAAAUAUGAUAAGACAUUCCAUAUCACUGUUCUCACUAAACAAAGAAUGUCACAGUCCGUCAAUAUGUAUAGAGAUACCACUGACAGGCAGAGAUACAAUGAAACUUUACGUCAUUUAUCAAUAACAAGAAGGAUGAAGAUAGCCUGGAUAAGUAAUGUGCUUUUAUUUGAAAAUAUCCCAUGUAUUACAGAAUUAUGUUUAGAACAAAAAGCAAGCCAACACAACGGAGAGUCAUAUUUAUAUUUAUCACCUUUAGUUACAGUAGAGAUGUUGUCAGUAUUAUCUCGUUAUAGACUAGGUAAUAAAUAUCAGUGUUUACAGUCACUGAAAGACCUACAGAAACUGCUGCUCUAUGAUGAUGGGACAUAUGUUCCCUUAAAAUUCAGAGACAUAUCCUGGCAGAUACUAGGAAUCUGUCAGCACAUGGUGGGAGACUUACACGGGGCUUUACAGUCUUAUGAAGAAUCGCUUAGACAGGAGCCAUUUCACGGAAUACAGGAAGCUACAAAUAUUAGAAUACGAAGUGUAAAACAACAUUUACAUGAACACAGAAAUUUAAACAUGUAA